ACAAACUUUUCCAGCUUCUCAAAUCGCAAAGAUUUUUUUUAACCUCUUUAAUACCACCAAAGGGAUCUGGGGCAUUUCUGUAUAUCUAGUCUCAGCAUGAGAUCCCUGUGAUAUAGUUAUACUUGAUGAGUGGAAGGCGUCAGAACAGGGGCACCUGCUAAGUCCCAAAGAUUUCUAAAGAGGAGGUUUUGAGAAAUUGCCCACAAGGCUGUGGUCAAAUCCGACCUUUCCAAAAAUCAAGUUGGUAACUUUACGGAUGAAAAGCCUGAGAAGUGGAGAGGUGGAAGCCAGAGGUAAUCCAGGGCGGCGCCGACCUUACAGCACAGCCUCCACGUGUGCCGCCCCUGCUAUAGAGAAUGGGCCUAAUCCGCCUGGGCUGAUCUGCUGGGAAGCCCCCACCUAGGGGCCUACAGCUUAACUUGCUCCCGCCGAGGGAAGGCCUGCGUUAACUGCAUGGCCUCCUUUGCAUUCCCCAGUCCCACGGCCAUUUUUGCAUCCAGAAACAACAGCACGCGCUAUUUGGAAACUCGAACUUCGUACCCGCGACCCAACGGGACCCCAAAGCCAGACCUGCACGUCAAGGAAGUCCGUGGCCGCUGCGAGGACCCAGGCUCCGCAUAUUCGCUGGAAGUCUGGAAUCCCCACUCACCCGCACGCGGACGUAUUUCAUCAUCCCCGGGGCCCUGCCCACUAGGCCAGCCCUGGCCGCGCGUUCUCACUAACCAGCGGCCGCAGAGCUCCGAGGCAGCGAAGCACAGCCAUAGGUGCACGCGGCUCAAAGCCCGGCGUCCUUCCCGCGCGCCCCGCCCCCUGGACCCGACCCCUUGGGGCGUGUCAGGAGGGCCCCGCCCGGGAGGCGCUGCGGCCGGCCCCUCUGUGCCCAGCUUCCCGGUCUUAAGUAGACUGCACCCCCCGGGUCUCCGAUUUCUUAGUAAUGUGUCAGGAGGGUACCCACGUGUCAGCCCUCGCAGGGUAAUGGACUCUGAAGACUUCUUUAGGAAAAUACUUUUCCUUCUGAGGGAGGAGUCGGAUACUUUUACUUCUGAGAGAGGAGUCGGAAGGAAAGGACCAACUCCCGAAGCCUCUCUGCUGCGUUUCCAAGGUUCCCACGGAACCACACGUAGGAGCGUCUUGUAUCCUGCGGUGCGACCCGAGACAUCGGAAGUGAAGGAUCUGCUAUUGACUCAAACUGCCUGUUUCAGUACUGAUUUGCAGAAAGACCGCAAGAUAGGUGGCGGGGUACAGACAUAAUCGCAGCCACUUUGGCGGGAC